AUGUCCAACAGCAGCUUUCUCAAUGAAGUCUUUCUCCUGGCAUUCACGGACACACGGGAGCUGCAGCUCUUGCACUUCUCCCUCUUCCUUGGCAUCUACCUGGCUGCUCUCCUGGGCAACAGCCUCAUCAUCACAGCUGUAGCCUGUGACAACCAUCUCCACACCCCCAUGUACUUCUUCCUCCUCAACCUCUCCCUCCUCGACCUUGGCUCCAUCUCCACCGCUGUCCCCAAAUCUAUGUCCAAUUCUCUGUGGGAUAUCAGGUCCAUUUCCUACUCGGGAUGUGCUGCACAGCUCUUUUUCAUUGUCUUUUUCAUUUUGGCUGAGUAUUCCCUUCUCACUGUCAUGGCCUAUGACCGCUAUGUUGCCAUCUGCAGACCCCUGCACUAUGGGACCCUCAUGGGCAGCAAGGCCUGUGUCAGAAUGGCAGCAGCUGCCUGGGCCAGUGGCUUUCUCAGUGCUGUGCUGCACACUGCUAAUACAUUUUCAGUAGCAUUCUGCCAAGGGAACACAGUAGACCAGUUCUUCUGUGAGAUUCCCCAGAUCCUCAAGCUCUCCUGCACAGACUCCUACCUCAGGGUGGUCUGGGCACUUGUGGUUACUGCCUGUUUAAUCUUUGGCUGCUUUGUUUUCAUUGUGCUGUCCUAUGUGCAGAUCUUCUCUGCUGUGCUGAGGAUCCCCUCUGAGCAGGGCCAGCACAAAGCCUUCUCCAUGUGCCUCCCUCACCUGGCCGUGGUCUCCCUGUUUUUCAGCACUGUAGUAUUUGCUGCCCUGAAGCCUCAGUCCCUCUCCUCCUCAACUCUGGAUCUGGUGGUGGCUGUUCUGUACUCAGUGGUGCCUCCAACAGUGAACCCCCUCAUCUACAGCUUGAGGAACAAGGAGCUCAAAGAUGCACUAAAGAAAUUGAUCCAUUCAGGAUUCUACAUGGAGGAAGGAAGGCAAUAA